ACGGAAAAUAUCCUCGGAUUAACGUGAAUGAAUAAAUUCAAACUGGUUUCUUGCAUUGCCAAAAUAUCGUAACUUUCUUUAAGUCCGCUUAUACACCACAAACUUCCACCAGCUGUUCUUCUGUCAAUACCAAGAAACGUCAAAUCUGAAAUCGUAAACAUUCCACGACAUACUUGCUCAUAGUUUUGUGAAAGUUUUUCAAUAUUUUCGCGAAAAAUGAUACACAGUUUGUUUAUAAUUAAUUCUAGUGGCGACGUAUUUCUAGAGAAACACUGGCGAUCGGUGGUUUCUCGCUCUGUUUGUGAUUACUUUCUGGACGCUCAACGAACUUCCCCAAAUGAUGUCCCGCCAGUUAUUGCCACGCCGCACUACUACCUUGUCACUAUCCAACGCAGCGGCAUCUCACUCGUUGCCGCCUGCAAACAGGAAUUUCCUCCGCUUUUUGUGAUUGAGUUCCUUCAUCGCGUCGUGGACACCUUCGAGGACUAUUUCUCCGAAUGCACAGAGUCCAUAAUCAAAGAGAAUUAUGUCGUUGUUUAUGAACUACUCGAUGAAAUGCUUGACAAUGGCUUCCCGCUUGCGACUGAGAGUAACAUUCUCAAGGAACUGAUUAAGCCGCCGAAUAUUCUGAGGACCAUAGCUAAUACAGUCACUGGAAAAUCGAAUGUUAGCGGCAUUCUGCCUUCUGGACAGUUGUCGGCUAUUCCGUGGCGGCGAACGGGGGUGAAAUACACGAACAAUGAGGCGUAUUUCGAUGUCGUGGAGGAGGUGGACGCGAUUAUUGAUAAGGCCGGAGCUACAGUAUUUGCCGAAAUUCAAGGCUACAUCGACUGCUGCAUCAAACUCUCCGGCAUGCCAGACUUAACACUAUCUUUCAUGAAUCCCCGCCUAUUUGAUGAUGUAUCCUUCCACCCUUGUGUCCGAUUCAAACGCUGGGAAUCGGAGCGAAUCCUCUCCUUCAUCCCUCCCGAUGGCAAUUUCCGCCUGAUGUCCUACCACAUCGGCACUCAGAGCGUGGUCGCCAUACCAAUCUACGUUCGCCACAAUCUCUCAUUCAAAUCAGGCGAGCAAGGACGUCUCGACAUCACAGUUGGACCUCGAACCACCCUCGGCCGAACCGUUGAGAACGUGAAACUAGAGAUUUGUAUGCCCAAGUGUGUCCUUAACUGCAUCCUGAUGCAGAACCAGGGCAAGUACACAUUCGACCCGGUCACCAAAAUUCUCCACUGGGAUGUGGGACGCAUUGAUAUUUCGAAAUUGCCGAAUAUCCGGGGCACGGUGUCAGUAGCGGCGGGUAGCAACACCAUGGAAGCGAACCCCUCCAUCAACGUGCAAUUCAGCAUUUCGCAGCUGGCUGUGUCCGGGCUGAAAGUGAACCGGUUGGACAUGUAUGGUGAGAAAUUCAAACCAUUUAAAGGGGUAAAGUAUGUUACCAAGGCGGGAAAGUUCCAGAUACGAAUGUGAGACGACGAAAGAUAUUUAAAAUCUACCACUUUCUGCUAGUUAUAAGACGACAUAUACAUUUCUAUCGCUCUGCGUUGCAUACUUAAGAAUUUACAUAUGAAAUAUUAUUUACAAUAUCGAAUAAAAGUUGAACGUAUGCCA